AUCCCAUCCAAUCCGUCAUCUCCCUCACUUCCCAAAUCCACACCAAUCCAACACACUGCUCCUUGCUCCCUCCAAUGGCGCUCCUCGCCGUCCAGGGCAUGGCCGUCUCCACCGCCGCCUUCCCCUCCCACCACCACGGCGCCGUAUGCUCCUCCUCGUUCGGGCUCUCAGCCACCGUAACACUCUCCCGCACCCGCACCAGCCUCGCCGCCACCGCCGUCUCGGCCCCUCUCACCCCAGUUCUUGAUGUCUACUGUGGAAGAGGGGACAGAAAGACAAAGAGAGGCAAAAGAUUCAGCCACUCAUAUGGGAAUGCACGUCCCCGUAACAAGAAGAAGGGAACAGGCCCACCACGGCUGUUCGCCCCGCCAGCGCCUCCCAGGAAGGACCAGUUCGAAGACGGGGAGAUCAUCGCAAUCGAGAUUGAUGAAGACAUCAUGGAAAGGAUGGAAUAGGCUUUCUGAAUUUUCCCUUAUUUCACGGUUUCCCUGCCUUCUGUGAAGUACAAUUCCUCGAGAGUAAUUAUUUUGUCAUCAUCCUA